UAUGAUCUCUUAUAUAACUAGUUUAAAGUUUAUAUAUGAUCUCUUAUAUUUAAAUCACAAGAGAUCGAUGGCGAUGGAAGAUGUUCCGAAUGAAACUGCUUCUGGGUCGGUGUCCAGUGCAGAUGAGGUUGAGUCACAGGAAGGUGACGAGGAAACGCCGGAGGAGGAGACUGACAAUGAAGAAGCAAUGAAAAAUGACGAUAAGGAUGAGUCAGAGAAAGAUAGUGCUGAGGAGGAAACUGAUGAGGAACAAACAACGGAAGAUGACGAUGAGGACGAGUCAGAGAAAGAUAAUGCAGAGGAGAAAACUGACGAGGAACAAACAACAGAAGAUGAUGACGGGGACAAGUCAGAGAAAGAUGGUGCAGAGGAGGUGGAAGUGAUGGAUGAGCAAGAAUUUGCUGCUCGAAACACAAAUAAUGUCCAAGCUGGGAAAAAUGAGGAAAACUUGCAUGAUGAUCCACCUGCAUCUGUGAAGUUGAGAUACAAUCUUAAAACAAUUCAAGACGAAACUGGUUAUUUUCCGGGUAGAGUGACAGUUAGGUGUAGGAUAGAUAUGCUAUAGAGAGUUUGAAAAAUUCUAUUAUUUGGACGGAGUCCAAUGAAGUACUUCCUUUUUUACGUAAAGCCUUUCUAGAUCAAGUUGUUGACAUAAAUGUUGAUUGCUGGAAGAAUUGCUUUCACGGCCUCUUGUGUCAUU